UGAAGAAACGUUUCAACAUGCUUCCAACCCAACAAGAGCCACUUAAGUACUAAAAAGUUGUCACAUAUGGUUAUAUGGCAUUGUUGUACCAGUAACAUGAGGGUUAGUCUCUGGUUGAAUAUGAUUUAUAUGCACUUAAGAGAGCAUGGAACUGUAAUUCGGCUCUCAAAGCAUCUAUGGAAUCACAACCAUUACCUUCACGAGCAUUCUCCCUUGACAGUGGUAUCACAAAAAGCCACCACAGUUACCAAAUUUGUAUAAUAGAACUAAUAACAUCAUUCUUUGGAUUAUGAA